AUGGUUCGCAUCACGAUCGACCGAUGGGGUAUAUACUAUACACUCGCAACACGUUUGAAGUGCAUUGCUUUUGUGCAUGUACAGAAUAGUAAUAUCCCCCUAUCUCUAUCCAUCCCAUACCGUAUUCUCCCUCCGGUCAAGUAG